AAAAGUGAGAUCGACGGAUUAAAAUAGAUCAGGUCAAAGGAUUGAGAGAUCGAAACGAAAACUGAAAGCUUUUAUCAUAAGACUUUACGUUAACGCUUUACGGCGGAUGGCCGGGAAGUUCUACAUUAUGUGUAGAAGGACCGAAUGUGACGUAAAGUCACUAUCGUUCGAUCUCGAAUAAAUUUCAAUAUAAUUUCAAUAUUAUUCAAAUAAUAAUAUUAUUUGAUGCAAAUACAAGAUGCAAAUCUUUGCACAAAUACACCCAUUUGCAUCAUGUAUUAUAUUAUAAUGAAAUUAUGGACGUAAUAAUGAUCUUACAUCAUUUUACGAUACUUUAAAACAUACGUUAUCACCUGCCGUGAACUCUUAAAAAUUCGCGCCACGACCGAAAUAUAUCGCGUGCUCUUAUCGAUACGCACGAGCUUAUUGACAAGCGGAUUCAUUGACCAAUUUUAUGGUCAACGCGUGGGGGAAAGAAUCAAUUCAUCAGUAUUAUCCGAUAAUCGGGAAGUGACUUUUCGGUUUGAUCGUUAAUCAUCAUACUACAUCUACAGUAAGGAAUUGUCAAUUUUAUUUGAUGAGAAACAUAUAUCUGAGAAAACACCGUCUCUUGCGUACAAUAUAUUCUGAUAAUAAGUAAAAAUAUUCAUGGCGAGUAACAUGCCGCAUAACUUUUAGUUUUUCUUGGUGAAAAAUAGAUAAGUAGGAUAUUUCUCGAUAAACAUAAAAUUUUACUGAAAAAGUAAAGAGUUUCUCGCACAUUCAAUAUAGGUAUUCCAAGCAUUUAUAAAUAUAUUAAUAACGAGCAAAAAUGAUCAAUUUUCUUUCGAAAUAAUAUACAUCUACUGAGACAAUUUGUAUUUAAAAAUAUUUCAGCAAUUAGUUGCCGCUGCUGUACGGUGAAACGAUACACUCAUCACACAUUAAUGGAUCCCCGCAUUAAUUAAUUAAGCGUCAUCGCGCAACGCAACGGGGGAGACAAACGUCAGAAACGUAAACGCGAUGGGUGACUCGUUUCUUUCGCCACCUCCUCUAUGUACGGUCUUUUUCCGCGUAAUCCGCAGCAAAGCGCCGCGCUGCUCAGUGAGACGGACGUAAGAAGGAAAUAGACAUCGCGUGAUAACGGGUGGGGAUGAGGCGCGGCGAAUAGGAAGAGGAGGAGGAGGAUGCGGACGCGCGGCUCGCACGAAGCAGGGUAGGGGCGCGGGCGCUGAUUCGCGCGUUACGGCCCUGCCGCGAGACCCAUUCACAGAAUGAACGAAGCCGCCUGCGUUCCGUCCCGCGUAGUCACUCAGUAGUGUCAUGGAGGUAACAUGGCCGAGGAGACGCGCCUAGUCCGCGUUGAGGAGAGGCUGAGGAUUAAAAUCGGUGAAGCAAAAAAUCUCCAAAGUCGGAGUCAUGGAUCUCCAGGUAUACGAGACGUCUAUUGCGCUUUGUCGCUGGACCAGGAGGAGAUAUUCAGGACGACGACUAUGGAAAGGACCCUCAACCCGUUUUUCGGAGAAGAGUUCCAGUUUGAAGUACCCAGAAAGUUUCGUUACCUCGGUAUUUACGUGUACGACCGGGACCGACACUUGAAGCAGGACAAGAUUUUGGGGAAGGUGGCAAUAAAGAGAGAAGACUUGGCGACGUAUCACAAUAAGGAGCAUUGGUUUCCCCUGAAACCGGUGGACGCGGAUUCUGAGGUUCAAGGCAAGGCACAUUUGGAGCUCGCCCUGCAACCUCAGGUCGAACACGCUCAGCCUAAACUUACAGUAAGAGUAAUAGAGUGUAGUGAACUAACCAUUAAGAACGGUAGCUGUGAUCCCUUCGCGACCGUUACGGUCAUCUACAGUAAUGGCAAACAGAUAUCGAAACGCACAAAAGCGAAAAAGAAGACGGCGUCCCCGUAUUUUAAUGAAACGUUUACAUUCGAGCCUGAACUAACGGAAACUAAGGACAAGGAUGUCUCUCAUUAUUCCAUCGAAGGGGCCGAAGUCGGGGAGGUGGUUGUCGGUCUGUGGCACGCGUCUGCUGGUAUGGGUGAACAGCCGGUGUUCCUCGGCGAGGUUCGAGUCACCCUGAAGGGACUGCAGAAACAACCGACUAGUACAACAACCGCGUGGUAUUUUCUACAACCCAGAGCGGUGAAGCAUCGUCCUAGCAAGAUCUCCAGCAACUCGACACCACCUGGAACGCUACCUGGUCUGGGAUCGUUGCGCCUGAAGAUACACUACACGGCUGAUCACGUCUUUCCGUCCGAGAUGUACGACCGGCUGCGAAGCCUGCUGCUGGAGAGCGUCAACGUGCAGCCGAUCACGUCGUCGGCCGUUUACAUAUUGGGCGAGAUCGUGGCCAGUAAGAUGGAAGCUGCGCAACCGUUAGUCCGAGUACUGGUGCACCAUGGACAGCUGGUGUCCGUGAUGCGAGCACUUGCUAGUCACGAGAUCUCGAAAUUGACUGACCCGACGACGAUCUUUCGUGGUAACACGUUGGUAAGCAAGAUGAUGGACGAAGGUAUGCGACUAGCGGGUCUUCAUUACCUGCAUAGCACUCUCAGACCCGCCAUGGAACAGGUGUUCCUCGAGAAGAAGCCGUGCGAGAUAGAUCCGGCUCGGGUGAAGGACGGCAAUACGAUCGAGACAAAUCUGGCAAAUUUAAAGGAAUACGUCGAGAGAGUAUUCACGGCUAUAACAACGUCGGGAGUGAGAUGUCCGCCCCUAAUGUGCGAGAUGUUCUGGUGUCUGAGAGAACUCGCCGCGACGCACUUCCCGAAAAAUAAAGAAGUGAGGUACUCGGUGAUCAGCGGGUUUAUUUUUCUACGGUUUUUCGCUCCCGCGAUAUUGGGUCCAAGAUUAUUUGAUAUCACAACCGAACAAAUCGAUUCGCAGACUAAUAGGACGCUAACGUUAAUAUCUAAGACGAUUCAGAGUCUUGGAAAUCUGGUGUCUUGCAGAGGCGGCGCAGGCAGCGUCUGCAAGGAAGAAUAUAUGGAAUGCGUGUACAGAGAAUUCUACACAGAAAGACAUAUCCAAGCAGUGAAGCAAUUUCUAGAAUUAAUAUCGACCAGUAGCAAUAGUAGUGGUGCCGCAAAGCAGCAUCCAACGAUGCCGCAGGAGCAGCCAGUGGUUCUGAAAGAAGGAACGUACUUUUUCUUUACGCAUACUACUGAUUGUGAUAAGAGGAUAAUGAUCAAACGGGCACAAGGAAGAAAACGGUUCGGUCGUAAGAAUUUUAAGCAGCGAUACUUUAGACUUACUACACAAGAUUUAACGUAUUCCAAGACGAAAGUUUCUACAGGUAAAGAACCCUUGUGUAAAAUACCGUUGGAGGAGAUUUUAGCAGUGGAGAGACUUCACGAGGACUCCUUCAAGAUGAAAAAUAUGUUUCAAAUUAUUCAACCUCAACGGGCACUGUACGUCCAAGCGGGCAAUUGCGUGGAGGAGAAGGAGUGGAUCGACAUUCUCACGAAGAUAUGCCAGACGAACAGCAACCGCUUAGAAAAGUAUCACCCGAGUGCGUACAUCAACGGCCACUGGCUCUGUUGCCGAGCAGUCGCUGAAGUCGCGCCGGGAUGCAGCCAAGUGUCGCCGGGCGUAGAGGCCGGGCUGCGAAUGGUAUUGGAUCCGGAUCGUGAUCUGCAACGGAUACACUCGUUGAUCUUCACGAACAUGCCGCGCCUCGAGACGCUGAUGAACGCGUGCGAAUGUCAGGCGGUCUAUGGUGCUAGUGAUAUGUGCGUUAUACCGGACGGUGGGUCGCCGAUAGAGGACGUACCUUCUUGCUUCAAGACUUUAACCACGUUAAGGGACGCCGCGUAUAUGUUACAGCACGAACAUAGAGCCUACUUUAGAAGACUGGCACGUGACACCAAAUACGGCAGCAAACAAGCUCCCAUUGGUGAUGACAACUACCUCCAUUUAGCUAGUAGAGCUGGAUUUGAUAAUCAGUUGACGAAGCGGACGUUCGAGUUGGACGGUCUAAAUCAACGUUGCAUCGAGACGGAACAUUACGACACGGGCCUCUCGCGAAAGAUUAUCGAGAGUCAACGAUACGAUGACACGACGUUCAGAAGGUGUCGCGAUCCCGACUCCGUUAACCGUAGGUAUGAGAACGAGGGCAACUUACUGUCGCCGGGAUACGAGAGCAACAGCGAUACCCUCAAGAGUAUCCAGAACGAUCUCAGAAAAUUCGAUCAUAGUUUAAACAAUACGUUAAGAUCUGACAAGUCGGAGAGGAAUGCCAACGAGAACGCGCAGAAUCAGAAAAGGUUCGAUCACAGCGCCGGACUACUGACAGCGGAUAGUAUUAACCUGUCGAGCACGUUGUCGCGGAAAUUGGGCAAUUACGACAACACCAGGGUGUUGGACGACUGUGGCACGUUGACCAGACGACUAAAACCGGACGAUGUCCCUGACGUGUCUUGUAACUCGAUGAGUGAGCGUGGCAAUCAUUAGUUUAUCUGUCAUGUACAAGUAAAACAUACACACGUUCCUAUAAGUUUUUAAAAGACAAAAUGCGCGACAGGUUUACAUUGGACGUCUUUUUACGCAAAAGAAGAAAGGAUAGGAAACGCACACGGUACAGAGAAGCACUCGCUUGUUUGCUAAAACAAGAAACCUUUUUUAAUCUCUAUUUUUCGCGUACAACUAUUUCUCGUUGUAUAGAUUAAUGACUCUGCUGCUGGAGGCAGUCUUCUCUCUGUUAUGUAUAUCUGCAUUUUGAACAAUAAGGUGCUUACGAUUCACCCUCUCGGAUGUUGCGCGGAAGUAAGAGUGUAAUUUAACUUUACCCUUUGGUUCUUGUUACCAUGCUGUGCAGAACGUAACAUCUGGUCACCGCAGAAAUCUCUAGUAUUUAUUAUUUAUUUAUUUCUCUCACCUCAUUUUGAUACGUCGGAGAUGCGUAUGUGCAUAAACAUGACACCGGCUGUGUUAUUAACUGCACAAAUUUGUAAUCUCACAACUCUCGGAAAGUUGAGUUCUUUCGCUGAUGUAAACUCAAUGUUAGGUUUACUCGUAACCUUACGUAAUAACGCAAUUCUCUUAUCAUAAAUCUCGUAGAAAAAAAAUUAGCGUAAUUGAAUAUAAUUAUUGUUACCUUUGAGUAAUACACAAUUCCAUCAAUUUUUAGCGCAAUUCUUUCUGCAUUAGUUAUAUAUAUACACACAAUUGAUUACAUAACGGUAGUCGCGAUAUUUAUGGAACGUAUGUAAUACAGACAUGCAUAAAAGACAAAACUACAAAAAUGCCUCUUAACGUUGGAUAGAUUUGAUAUUACAAUAUGACGAAAGAAUAUAUGUGUAUACACACACACACACACACACACACACACACACACACACACACACGCGCGCGCGCACAUAGUAAGGUCCAAAAGUUUUCGGUCCACGAGUAUUAAAGAGGUAAUAAAAUGAAACAUAAUAAUUUUUAUUUUUCAAUAUAAUAUAUUUUAAUACAUUUUUUAGAACGGUUAAUUAACUUUCGAUCUGCAACACUAGCUGCAACAAGAGUUAGACCUGUCCAUUCUUGUUCUAACAUUUUCGAGCCGGAAACUUUCGGACUUUACUGCAUAUAUACAUAUAUAUAUAAAA